ACCGGCGGGCCAGGCUGCGCACAUCGCGUGCGCCGUCAGCGAUCACCGAAUACGUGACGAUCACACACGAUCGAGAAACAACGGCCCGUCAAACUGAAGUACUCGAGGAAAAGUUUCUUCAUUGUUCAUUCACAUUGUGACAGUGCGAUAAGGAAUCGUUCCGAACGAAAAAGUGACAAUAUUCUGAGAAGAGGGCCGUAGGAAACCGUUUGGAUUUUAGGAUAAAAAACAUGGAAACAAUAAACUCGAUCGGGCGGGUGAACGAGGAGCACCACGAGGAGGAGCCCAUGACUGAGGCUCUGCAGCUGGUGAAGAAUGAGGAGCGGCCCGCACCGGAGCCCGCACCGGACCGGCAGACGCCCGCCGACCACCUGCCUGACGGGGGCGGGGCAGGGGCAGGGGCAGGGGGAGGGGCAGGGGCAGGGGCAGGGGCAGGGGCAGGGGCAGGGGCAGGGGGAGGCGGCCGGGAACCUUCACCGCACCCGCACCCUCACUCGCACUCCGUCAUCACCUCACGCCGGGCCAUGCGCACCAUCACCGCCGCCGGACACAUCACCGAGGCGACGGACCUGCCCGACGACGGCGUCAAGGACGAACCUCCCGAGCCCCAGCAGCUGGAGCACGAGCACCAACAGAUGCAGCAGUACCAGCCUAAGCUGGAGGAGGGCCCGGACGCGCGCGAAGUCCAACACUACGACGAGGAGCGCCUCCGCCUCUCCGAAGUGGAGACUGCGCGCUACCUCGCUUUCAAAGCCGAGCCCUACCGUUCGCUGCCUUCCCCGGCGGACAAGCAACCGCAGCCGCAGUACGCGAGAGCGCCGCAGCGCCCGCCGUUCGGGCGAGGCUUAGCCUUUCGUUACAGCACCCCGCAUCACGUCAUAGUCUCCCAGGACGGCGAACAGGAGGAGCAUGCUCACGAGGCUUUCCUGGCGCACAAAGAUAAGCCGGAACAGCUGCAAGUGUACGCUCCGACCGGCGAUGCGAACGCGCCCGGUUCGGACGGGCGGCAGUAUGCGACGGUGCUCAACGACCAGGCGGUCGCGUCGAGCGCGUUGGAGAUGAUUCAGACGACGUCGCUCAGCAAUCAGCAGGCGGUGGGCGUCGCGUACCAGCAGGUGAAGUACGAGACGCGCGCGGAGGGCGAGCCGCGGCCCAGCACAUACGCGAGCCUGCUGCCGGUCACGUCGGUGCACGGCGGGUACGCGUAUGCGGGGCAGAGUCCGCAGUACGCUAGCGCGGGCUACAGCGGGUACGGCGGCGGCGGCGGCGGCGCCAAGGAGCUGCUGACGCUGUACGGCGGUACGCGAGGGGACGACUCCCCGCCCGGCCAGCUCAUGUACCGCAGCGACCCCACGCUGUCCUCCUCGCUGACGCCGCGCGCCGGACACGUCGUCUACGGGUCGGUGGUGCCGCAAUCGCAGCCCGUAUACGAAGCCCCACCCAGCCCGAAUUCACAGCAGGUCACCUUAUAUACGCACGGCAACACGGUACAGUACAAAGUGGGCAGCGAACACUACCUAGGUCAGGGCAGCGGCGUGGAGUACGUGCCGGUGCCGGGGUACGAGGGCGGCGGGAUCCUGGUGGAGGGCUACACGGCACAGCCGCAACCCUGGGCCCCACACAACUUGUUGAACAUCGACGAGGGUUUCGAUCCUGGAAUGGCGGGCAUGGGUGAGGUAAAGGAGUGCGUGAACUGCGCUGCCGCUACGACACCACUAUGGCGACGCGACGGCACCGGCCACUACCUGUGCAACGCGUGCGGCCUCUACACGCGGAUCAACGGCGUCAACCGACCGCCUCUCAAGGGACAGAAGGCGAAACCUCCACAAGCUUUGUAUUCUUGGCAGCCGACGAACGGCAACCGGCGCGUGGGUGUCACCUGCGCCAACUGUCGCACCUCCAACACCACGCUGUGGCGGCGAAACAACAACGGCGAGCCCGUCUGCAACGCCUGCGGGCUCUACUACAAGCUGCACAACGUGAACCGGCCGCUCAGCAUGAAGAAGGACGGCAUCCAGACGAGGAAGCGCAAGCCCAAGAGCAUGGGCGGCGGGCACGCGGGCGUGGCGAGGGCGGCGGGCGCGCCGCUGCCGGGUACGUGGCGCUAGCUGCGGGAGCGGCGCGCCGUGGCGCUUGUGGCGCUUGUGGCGCUUGUGGCGCUGUCUCGCGCUGUCUCUCCUAACUGUGUCUGUGCUCCGCAGUGGAGGCACACUCGCACAAGGUGCUGCCUCCGCUGUACGCGGCGCUCGAGGCGGGCGCUGUGGCGGGAGCGGGGACGCCGCGACUGAUGCUGCCCGCCACCAUGUCGACGCGGUAUCAGCGCUAGACAGCCUCGCUGCGCCCUGUGUCCGCCUUAACUCCCGCAACUUUGUACAUAGUUCUAAAGACCCUUAAACCUUUUGUAAAUAUCAAAUGUGUGCCAAAGGAAAGACGCAGUUAUGAUUUUAGUCCAUGUUUUGUAUAAAACUUAGAAAUUGUAUGACUAUUAGAUAUAUAGGUAGUGUUAUGACUGUACAUUAUGUCGCGCAUUGUAAAUAUGUAUAUACGGUGACGUGUGCGUGUGUUGUAUAACUGUGUAGCCGCGUGUUGACUCGGCUGCACAAACACCAUUAUGACGAAUUUACUAUGCUUUAGUCUUAAUAUAUUUAUAUUAAUAUAAUGUUAGUUGUUAAGUUGUCAACAUGUGGAACGCGUAAGUUUGUAGAAUAUUUAUACUUUGAUAGAGAUAAAUUGUGGUGUCUUUAAAAAAAAAUUUCAUGUUA